AACCUCAUACCGUUUUGGACCCAAAAACCAUAAAUCCAAAAGAAACCAAACCACACCGCUCUCUCUCUCUCUCUCACCAAACCCUAAACGCGAAGACUUUCAAAUUCGCAAUCCGAUUCUCUAAUCCGUCGAAUCGCUGCGUGGAUCCGCGGUGGAGAGAUUUAAUGCUGUAUUCAGUUAAUCAAACAUAUUUGAUGGAUGAUGAUUCCACAGAUGGAUAAAAUGUCUGCUCCUUCAUCAAGGGAGCGCGCCCAACGUCUAUAUGACAAGAUUCUUGAGUUGGAGAAUAGGCGUCGGAGGUCUACCCAAGCACGAAUUCCAUCAGAUCCCAAUGCCUGGCAACAGAUGCGUGAGAAUUAUGAAGCAAUAAUUCUUGAGGACCAUGCUUUCUCUGAGCAGCACAAUAUCGAGUAUGCUUUGUGGCAGUUACAUUACAAGCGCAUUGAGGAAUUGCGAGCACACUUCGGUGCUGCUACAGCUUCUGCACGUUCAAACACAUCUCAGGGUGUGAAGGGGCCAAUUCGGCCUGAUCGAGUUACAAAAAUAAGACUGCAGUUAAAAACAUUCCUUUCAGAAGCAACUGGAUUUUAUCAUGAUUUAAUAGUGAAGAUCAGAGCGAAAUAUGGGCUUCCUCUUGGUUAUUUCUCAGAAGAUUCUGAAAACCAGAUUGUUAUGGACAAGGAUGGAAAUAAAGGUCUAAUAUCGUGCCACAGAUGCUUGAUAUAUUUGGGUGACCUUGCACGCUACAAAGGAUUGUAUGGGGAAGGGGACUCAAAAACUCGUGAGUACGCUGCAGCCUCAAGUUACUACAUGGAAGCUGCAUCUCUCUGGCCAUCCAGUGGGAACCCCCAUCACCAGCUUGCUAUAUUGGCUUCCUAUUCGGGGGAUGAGUUGGUGGCUGUUUAUCGAUAUUUUCGUAGCCUGGCGGUGGAUAGUCCCUUUUCAACUGCAAGAGAUAACUUGAUUGUUGCAUUUGAGAAGAAUCGUCAGAGUUACUCUCAACUGUCUGGGAAUACUAAUGCUUCUGCAGUCAAAGAGUUGCCUGCACGGUUGGCAGGCAAAGGUAGAGGGAAAGGGGAAAUAAUACCUGCAUCUAAAGAUAACAAUACCAAGGUAAGCCUUGUUAAGGAAAGAGCAUCCAGUGCUCAGGAGACCUAUAAGGCUUUUUGCAUCCGGUUUGUCCGUCUGAAUGGCAUUCUUUUCACGCGUACUAGCCUGGAGACAUUUGCGGAAGUUCUAUCUGUGGUAAGCAGUGGCUUAUGUGAGCUUCUGUGUACUGGAGCAGAAGAGGUGCUGAAUUUUGGUGCAGAUGCUGUUGAGAAUGGACUUGCUAUUGUUAGACUUAUCUCCAUAUUGAUAUUCACAAUUCAUAAUGUGAAAAAGGAAAGCGAAGGUCAGACAUAUGCAGAAAUUGUACAACGUGCUGUCCUACUGCAGAAUGCAUUUACUGCUGUUUUUGAGUUGGCGGGGCUAAUCUUAGAGAGAUGCGUGCAGUUGUGUGAUCCAUCUUCAAGUUUCCUCUUACCAGGUAUUCUUGUUUUAGUGGAAUGGUUGGCAUGUUGUCCUGAUGUUGCAGCUGGAAGUGAUGCAGACGAAAAACAGUCCUCUGUUAGAUCCAAAUUCUGGAAAGUUUGCAUAUCCUUCUUCAAUAGUCUCUUGUCGACUGGGCCAAUGUCGAUAGAUGAUGAUGAAGAUGAGACUUGCUUUAAUAACAUGAGCAGAUAUGAAGAAGGUGAAACUGAAAAUCGUCUUGCUUUGUUGGAGGAUUUUGAAUUGAGAGGAUUUAUUCCACUAAUUCCAGCACAAACAAUAUUGGACUUCUCGAGGAAGCAUUCUUUUGGAAGUGAUGGCCAUAAGGAAAAAGGGGCCCGUGUUAAAAGGAUUCUGGCAGCAGGCAAAGCUCUUGCAAAUGUGGUUAAGGUUGACCAGAAAGCAGUAUAUUUUGAUUCGAAGUUAAAGAAAUUUAUCAUAGGCUUUGAACCUCAAGGGCAAAAUGAUAUCGUUCCUACCUCCCAUCGACAUAUGGCUACUGGAGAUGAUAAUCUACAAGAAAAUCAAGUAGAGAGCACAAUCAAUUUGGGAGCUGCAUAUCCAAAGACAGAGUUAUCCAUGGAAGGGGAUGAGGAUGAUGAAGUAAUAGUAUUUAAGCCAGUAGUGGCUGAGAAACGACCUGAUGCCGUAAGCACUACGUGGACAGCGUAUGACGGCCUAGAGACUGGUAAAAAUGCUUCUACAGGUGAUCAAACAGUUGAUGGAACUUAUGGUUCUGCCACUUUGGAUAAUCUACACCAUCAAAAUGCUUUUAGGGCUGAUUCACAAACACCUGUAUCUUUUGCUAAUGGUAUACACCAGCACUUGCAACCAAUCCAGUCACAUGCUUCCAAGUUUUCAGUGGAAACUGGUUUUGGUGUUGGUACACAACUACCUGCAUCAAUUGCCAAUACUAUCCCCCAGAAUUUACAACCAAUUCAAUCAAAUGCUUUGAAUCCGGCAAUGGAGGAAGAGAUGUCUCUUGCUAAUAGCUUAAGGAGUAUGGGAUUUAUGGGAAGUGGGCAUGCACUAAAAUCUGAGCCUGUGGCAGUUUCUGUACCAUACCAACUCCCAGUGAAUGGUAGUGCUAGUGGUAUGUUUUACAGCCACACGAAAGCUUCAGAAGCUUUUUUGCCAUAUAAAGUUGAUGCAAUUGCUGACAGGUUGACUGUAAAGACAUCAUCAGCUCUGCCUACAGGUAUCCGAAAAAGUCCAGUAAGUCGACCUGUUAGGCACCUUGGUCCACCACCCGGUUUUAGCCGUGUUCCUCCUAAAAAUGCAAACGAAUCAAUUUAUGGUUCAGAUUCAAUGAGUGAGAAUCUAGUUAUGGAUGAUUACAGCUGGUUGGAUGGAUAUCAGAUGCCAUCUUCAACGAAAGUAAAUGGGCUGAAUAAUUAUGUUAAUUACUCAUCUCAUUCCAAUCCCCAUAGCUUCACAAACAGCAAUGGCUUAAGUGGAGCAGUGAACUUCCCCUUUCCUGGUAAACAGGGUACACCUAUACAACUAUCAGUGGAAAACCAGAAAAGCUGGCAAGAUUUCCAGAGGCUUGAUGACCUCAAGCUACACCAUGAAAUGCAGCUGCAGCAACAGCAACAACUUGUAAAUGGAAAUCAGCACCCGAAUCCACAGCCUGAGCAAUAUCAAGGACAGUCUUUCUGGACGGGCCGCCAUUUUGUGUGAAGUCGGUAUGGUUAUGAUGGUUCCUGAGGAUGAUCCGGUGAAUAUCUGCAUUGCCCUUUGCUAUGGAAUUCAAACUCCAACUUUGAAGCUUUGUCAAUGUUAAUUUUGUGUUGGAGCAUUGGUGGCCUUGGCUUCUUGCUGGCAAUUACAACUACACAGAAAACGAUGAGUGUUCAGAUCAUGCUACCCUGCACUACACUUUGCUAGCACUCCGCCAGGAACAUAUAUCACAGAUUUUGCCAAAACUCUCCAGCUCGGAGGAUGAGAAAUAUGGAUACAUGUUUUGUGCUGCGGAGUUCAUAAGAAGUAAAUGCCUUGUCAGGUAACUUGGGGAUGGAUAGAAGGUGUUAAUAAGAUCAUAUGUUGGUUUUGUGGGGUAUGCAUGCCUCCGGCAACUGGUGGAAUAAAAACUCUGUACCGGCUAGCUUGCUCUCUACAGAAGUGCGGAAGCAUAUACUGCUGUUGGAUAUCGGUAAUCAUCAGGUGGGAGAUGAUAGUAUGUAAUUCUGCUUGACUUUGCUUUCGGAAAGCUCGAGUUGUUGCACAGGUUAUUGGGAAUGAAUGAUAUACUAGAAAGGAUAUGGAUGUGAAAUGGGAUAUGCGGUAGAUAUUAUAGUUACAUAUAAAAAAUAUUUGCGCUGUGUGAGUGUGAUGUGGUGAAUGGUGUCCCAAUUUGGUCCCUGAUGUUUUUAUUGAGCUUUUCUAGCAAACUAAUAUGGUGAGUGGAAUAUUCAGCCCGAGAUGUAUUUGAAUAAAAUAAAUUAUGUGAACAAUUUGGAAAUGUUGAA